CGUAAAGAAUCACCCUGGAAACCGUAUCUCGCGUCGUACCACCCCAAAUUCCGAUUUUUAUCUGUGAAUCUCAUUGAUCCUCUUUUUUACCUACUUAUCAACUUUCUAGGAUGCGUUCGAAGAUACUUCAGUGUCAUAGACACAAGCCUAAUUUGUUUUUGUAGCCCAUUCUAUCUUCUAAAAUCUUCAUUUUGGCUACGAGCAGCCUUUGUCUUUCCCUAUCCAUAAUGGCGGAUCUACAGCAGCCUUCUCCGGCUAAGCGGAAACUUCCCUUCAAACGCACAGCUAGGCGCAAAUCAACCGAGGCGGUAGAUGAUGAUGGAAUCUCUCUCUUCAGCCGUUCUGGCGAAUUCUUCGAAGAACAGCAGAGACUUGCUAAAGAAAAGGUAGAAAAGGAGAAGGCUGAGAGGGCAGCUAAAGAGCAACGAGAGCGAGAGGAACGAUUAAUCCGUGAGCGCAAAGCAGAACAGGAUACAUUAACUAAAGAGCCCACCUACGACCAGGGAUCUCCUCAGAAACGCCGUCGUAUCUCGCUUCCUGACGAAGAGGAAGGUAAAGAUAGCGGUGAUGAUGAUGAUGAUAUAUUCAGCUACAAACCCACUAAGAAGCGAAAGCCUCCUCCUGUGCCUUUUACACCCGAUUCCAAGCGAGAGAGUCCAUAUGUGACCAGUACGAAGGGGUCCGAGGGAUCGAGAAGACAUGGUACACGUUCCCAGUCGGUGAACGUUGGUGCGCCCGUGAUCUCUUUAGACGACGACGACGACGAUGAUCCUACCUUCAUGCCAUCUCCUACAAGGCGUCCUCUUCUUCAACGCCCCCAUGAGGAAACUGAUCAGGACGUAGUUACACUGGACGAUGAGAGCGACCCUCAAGCCGAAGAGGCUAAAGGGCAAAAGGAAGACGAAGAAGAGGACCCUUCCGAGUACUAUGUUAGGAUCGCGAUGGAACGGGCGCAAAAGGCUAAGGAAGAACGGGAAGCAAGAGAAAAAGGAGGCGGCGGUUCGAUAGGGAACGAAUAUGAUCCAGUCGUGCAGAUCCUUAUUCAUUCCAACCUAGCCGGCGUUCAUACAUUAAUGUUUAGGCGUAAAUUAUCGCAGAAGUUGACAGUGGUUUACCAGACAUGGAUCGAGCAACAAGUAGCUAAACAUAGCCUGAUACCACGUUCUGUAUUGGAUACCAUGUUCUUCACCUGGAGGGGAAACAAGGUGUAUCCACACACAACCUUGCAAACAUUAGGCAUUAAACCGGAGCGCGAUGGUACGCUGUAUCCGAGCUGGAAGGAGGACCAAGAAGGAUAUCACGGGCGAGACAAGGUGUUCUUCGAAGCGUGGACGCAAGAGCUCUAUGAUGAAUACUUGGAGGAAAAGGAGAAACAGCGACUGCGUGACCUAGGGGAGUUGAUAGAUGAGGAGCCCGAAGAAAAACAAGAACCAGAGCAAUCGCAAACUUCCCAGGGAGACCAGAAGAUUCGCGUGUUCUUCAAGGCAAAAGAUCAACCGCCCACGAAAGCGACAGUACGCUCCAGCACCACAGCUGCUCAGCUAAUCAAGCUGUAUCGACGACUCGCGAACAUCCCGGAGAACAAGACUAUCGAGCUUCAUUGGGAUGGUGAAGUCUUGGAUUCGGACACUACAGUAGGAGAGGCGGAUAUCCAAGAUAUGGAUUCCCUCGAAGCCCAUAUCAAGUGAGACGACAAGGGGGUCAAGAGACAGUUAUUAUCCUUGCAAACGAGGUAUCAAGUCUUAGUAUUUGUAAUAUGACGAAGGUAGGGGAGGCAUGUCUGAUGAUUAACAGACGCCUAUCACGAAAUAUAACAUACAGCUCAUGAUACCCACGAUAUUCUUAGAGGCUUAGUGGCUCUACUAAGAGACACUUUUCUUUUAUGUCUCAUCAUCUACGAAGUACAAAUAAAACCUGCUUUGAUUCCAGACCAGAACG